AUGCCUCUUUCCAAUAACGACAUUUCCUCCAAACUCGGCGCCUCGGCGAAAAAGUCCAUCUUCGAGCGACAGAAAGCAGAAGCGGAAGCAAAGAAGGCCCGAGAGAAAGCAGAGACAGCAGCUGUCCUUGAAGAUUUUGUGAAGAGUUUUGAAGACGAUGGGGACCAAAUACCGGGCUUUGCUUCAAAGCGAGGCCCGGGAGGCGAACACAGAGGGGGUGUUGGCGCCCCUGGGAGCAACUACGGUCCCUCCGGCCCUGGCAAGAGACACUUCACAAGUUCGGGCCUGAAGAGCGGUCCUGGCAGUCUGGGGCCGAGUCCCUCGUUGACAAAGAGUGGACCUGGUAGCUUGGGUCCUGCACCGGGAUUUGGAAGAAAGAGACACUAUGAUGAAUACUCAGGCCGGGAUCGGGAUCGAGAACGCGACAGAAGGGACAGGGUGUUUUCCUACAAUGAUGGCAGAGAUGCGGACAACAGGAGAGACAUCCCCGCUUUCGCUCAUGACGAGGAAGAGGAAGAUGCGCGGGACACAGAUGAUCUGAAAGCUGCCGCGAAACCCACCUUGCAUCUCGCCUCUCUUCCCCCCGAGACGUCUCCUGCGGUCGUCAAGGCGCUCUUCACUCCCUCUCCGUUGGUCGUCGAAGGUGUCCGCAUCCUUCCACCUGCGCCAGGCACAACCGCUGAAAGGAAAUCAAUCUCGGCAAUCGUCACACUCGCCGCCGAGACUCCAGCGGCAGAUAUUGAAACAAUGGUCUCGCACCUUCAGAAUAAAUACCUCGGAUUUGGGUUCAAUCUUUCCAUCUCUCGCCAUCUUUCUUCAGCAGCCUUGACCGGCAUCAACUCCCUCGGUAACAACACUCCGUCUGCGAGCUUGCACAAUCUUCCCUUUGGUGCAAAACCAAUGCCACAGCACACAUCCUUAUCCCGGGCCCCUCCACCAGGUCAGGCAGCUGGCGGUAACCGCUUUGGUCCUCCGGCUUCGUACACCUCAUCGACACCGUACGGUCCUCGAUCCACCAUGCCCCCAACACAAGUCACGGUACAAGUCCCAAGCGAUCUUCGACAACUCCGGCUAAUCCACAAAACCAUCGAAGCUCUUCUAACUUACGGUCCUGAAUUUGAAGCAUUGCUCAUGUCCCGGCCGCAAAUUCAACGUGACGAACAAUGGGCUUGGCUUUGGAACUCGAGAUCCACGGGCGGAGUGUAUUAUCGUUGGCGUCUAUGGGAGAUUCUGACCGAUUCUAAAUCGCGUCGCAGACAACGGUACACGGGAUACGGGAUGCGACAACCGCAAGGUGAUAUAUUGUUUGAGGGACAAUCAACCUGGAUCGCCCCCGAAGAGGACCUCAAGUUCGAGUACACCACUCGUCUCGAGGAAUUCAUUUCCGAUGACGACUAUAAUUCUUCGGACGAAGAAGGCAUCGAUGAUGACAACAGAGGAGGUGGAUUGGCCAGACGGUAUCACGAUCACCAAAAACUGACCAACAUCAGUGAGUCCAUGGACAACGAUGGCACUGGUUAUCUUAAUCCACUGGCGAAGACGAAACUCAUUCAUCUACUUAGCCGCCUGCCAGAAACCAAUGCUAGGCUACGCAGGGGUGAUGUUGCGAGAGUGACGGGAUUUGCUAUUGAGCACUCUGGGGCUGGGGCAGACGAGGUUGCAGAAUUAGUCACGAGGAACGUAGUCAGGCCGUUUUGUUACAGCGUCACGAGACCGAAACGAGAGACAGACGAGGAGAACGACCAUCAUGACGAGGAGAACGAUGAUGGUACGCCAAAACACCAGGGGGAGGGGGAGGCCCCCAGGUCUGAAAACCCAGACCAACCGCCUAGACCCAUGGAAAAGGAUACAACCCCGGCAUCACUAAUCGGUUUAUAUUUGAUAAGCGACAUUCUCUCAGCCUCCUCAACCUCGGGUGUGCGACAUGCAUGGCGCUACCGCUCACUGUUUCAGCAUCAACUUCUCGCUCAGAACGUCUUGCCUGCGUUGGGCAAAUUCCCACAAAAGCACGAAUGGGGCAAGCUCAAGGCCGAGAAGUGGAAGAGACAGGUACAAGUGGUCUUGGGGCUGUGGGAGGGGUGGUGCGUUUUUGAGGAAGCGAGGAUGAAAGAGAUGAUUGAGGGUUUCUUACACCCGCCCCUGAGUGAAGAAGAGAAAGCCAAGGCCCAGGCUGAGCAAUUGGCCGAAAGAGAGAAACAGAAAGAAAGAGACAGGGCUACCGGAAGUGUGAGCCGUUGGCGUAGCGUGGACGACGCCAGUGCUAACGGAGGCGUUCCGACCUCAGACAAAGUCGUGUCUACUGCUUCUGCCGACGCGAACCACGCAGCCAACGACGGUGACGUGGAAAUGAACAUGGACGGGACGCCCAUGAUUGAUGACGACGGAGAGGGAGUGCAGACCGAAGCUGACGAGCAGGACGUAGACGGGGACGAGGUUCUGACGGACGAGAACAUCGACGGCGUCCCAAUGGUGGACAGCAGCGAUGACGAACAGGACGUCCAGGAACCCAACCGGGAACGAGAGGAUGCUGGAGCCCCACCUCAACGGCAGGAAGAGCAAGACCGCGCCGCAAAGCAGCAGCAGUCUGUGGACGAAACCGAGGGCGGCAAGGCAAAGACAGUCUCAAACGCAAAUACGCAAGUAACACGCGAAGCAGCCCCAGAGGUGCGAGGACAAGGAGGUUCUUCUGGCCCGGCGGCAACAACAAAGUCGGCAGUAGCCGCGGGUCCAGCGAUUACCUUGGCGACGGCUUCUGCUCAAGGCCGCCGAGUCCGGCCGAAAGCCACGGAUUUCGACAUGUUUGAGUAG